CUAUAUAUAAACAAAAAGCAAGUCAUUACCUAUCCCCCUCAAGACGUGUUGAAAAGUCAAAAAUAAAAAAGAUAAGGCUCCUAUUGAAUGCUAGACUUUUGUCAGCUCAGUAUCUCUCAAAGAUCCCCAUUUGAAGCCCUUAGUUUCUUCAUCGUUACUGUGUAAGUCCGAAGAAAUAUGGGUGUUGUUAAGGUUUCUCAAUCUUUCAAAACAAAAGUCACCCCAGAUAGGAUGUUCAAAGCCUUGAUUCUUGAUUCACACAAUCUCUGUCCCCAGCUCAUGUUCUCAUCAAUCAAGAGUAUCGAAUAUCUUCAAGGAAACGGAGACGCCGGAAGCUUAAAACAGUUAAACUUCACCGAAGCCAGUCCUUUUAGAUAUGUGAAGCAUAGAAUUGAUGAGCUUGACAAGGAAAAGUGGACGUGUAAAUUCACUAUGAUUGAAGGGGAUGCACUUAUGGACAAGCUGGAAAAAAUCGCUUAUGAUGUGAAAUUUGAACCAUAUGGAUAUGGAGGAUGUGUGUGUAAGAUUUCAAGUGAAUACCAUACAAAAGAGAAUGUGAAGAUCAAAGAGGAUGAUAUUGAAUUUGGAAAAGAUCGUGCUAUAGGCAUGUAUGAAGUUGUGGAAGCCUAUCUUUUGGCACAUCCUCGUGCAUAUACUUGAAGAUCUCGUUGUUCGAUAUUUUUAGUCUUGUUUUUUUUUUUUUUUUUACUUCACCUUGAUGUUCAAAUUAAUUUCUAUGGUUGAAUAAGUUAAAUUUGUUGUCUUCGAUUCAAAUAAUUGAUUUGUUGGUUCUAUAUAUGUUGUUAUGAAUCUUGUUGACAAGGUUUGAUUCGUCUAAUGAUGGACAGAUAUAAAGAUCAUUAAAUUUUUCCAGGAUUUA